GCAAACAACACGCCAAACCUAUUCAAAGUGCACGUAAUUUCUAAUUGAAUCUUCUAGUGUCAAGUUUAAAGAUGAUCAAAAUGAAAAUAUUAAUGCUGCCUUUGCUGCAGUCGAUUCUCCUGUUUGGUUUCCUAGAAGCAAAUUGUCCUGUGUACCUCACCGUUUCGCUGACUGGGAAGACUCUGCAGGACACCUUUCUGGAGGUCAACUGGGGACCCAACUGCUACGGACCGCCCGAAUGGAUUGGCAUUUAUGGCCAGGAUCCGACGACCUCAAAUUUCCAGCCCGAGUUGCGUAUCGAUGGGAUAGAAAAUAGUACGGGGAAAAUGAUAACUCCUAUUAAGCUGGGAAAACUGCGUUUUCCUGGAGGAUGGAAUCGCCAGGACUCGGAGGAGCAACCUGCAACCCGGUAUCCCAAGGGCAAGUGCCUGCCGCAUUUUGUGGCCAGCUACAAAGGCACCGAACUGCUCACCGUGGACUGCCUCAAGAUCCAGCCCAACUGGAUGACGCAGAUCAAGUACCUCAACAAAGUGCCGCUGAAGAAGAUCUUCCUGCCUGGAACCCAUGCCUCGGGUGCCUUCACCGGCAGCUCCAAGAAGUCCAGUUCCAUACUGGUCAGGGAUUACCUGGUGGCCCAGCAAUUCGACAUUUGGUCGCAGCUCGUCUUUGGCAUUCGCUAUCUGGAUUUUAGCAUAGGCUACAAAAACAUGAACACCGAAACUGAUUCCGACAAUUUCUGGAUUGCCAACGAGAACAUGCUGAUAACACCUCUGGUGGCAAUCCUACGAGAUGUUCAUCAGUUUGUCAAGCGUUCGGGGGAGAUGGUGGUUCUGGAUUUUAGUAGCUUUCCAAUUGGAUUCUACAAGCAUCCGGAGAUCUACAGCUCGCUGUUCCGACUUCUUCGCCAGGAACUCGGUGACGAGGCCUUUCAGCGCAAUGUGGCAAAAGAUGAGCACUGUGCUGAUAGAAAUUUCGGGGACUUACAGCAGCAGGGGAAACACUUGGUAAUAUUGUUUCCCACGCAGGAAUUACCUUAUCCUGAAAACGAAUCGAAUAUUAUCUGCCCGUCGUGGCGACGCUUCAGCACUAGCUUCAUGAACAUUUCGCAGACACUGGACUACAUGCGACUGCUUUUUAGCAGGAAGCCAGACUCGCCGGUUCGCGACGAUGGCUGGAUAUUCACCGCAGUGAGGAGCAUGGAGCAGACUCUGAAUGCCCACAAGCUGGAGACCGCCAAGGAGCGGGCGGCGGUGCUCAAUCCCAAGGUUAAUCAGUGGCUAAAGGGCCCCUGGGGAAAUAACGCCAAUGUGGUUGCCUUGGACUAUUUUAGCAAUACGAACAUUGUGGAUUGGGCCAUAUCAGUUAACACCCACAAGGCAUUUAUUAUGGCAAACAAGGACUUCAUCAAUCUUGAAUUGUUCCAUUUAUUUUGAAGAGUAUAUAAUUUGAGUUCUAUAUUUUAAUAAACGAUAUAUUAAAGUG